AUGUACUACAAGUGCGGCCCAUAAAAGAGAGAUAAAAGCACGAGAGAAAGAGUAGAAGUAGUUGAAAAAGCAAAGUUGGUCGGAAGUUCCCCAGAGAAAUCGAGUUACUACUAAUGACGACGACGCAAUCAGCAAGUAGGAUCGAGAAAGUGGUCGUUCAUCCACUCGUCUUGCGCAAUAUCGUCGACAAUCACAACCGCAUGAUCGCUAAGGACUCGGGAAAGCGUGUUGUCGGUGUUCUUCUCGGCAGUAGAAGCUCCCGUGGUAUCGUUGGUGUCACCAACAGCUACGCAGUGCCCUUCGAGGAGGAUGGCAAAGACCCAAGUAUCUGGUCUUUUGAUCGCGACCACCAUGAGUACAUGUUGCGCAUGUUCAAGGGCCUUAAUGACAAGGAGGAUGUGGUCGGUUGGUACAGCACAUGCCCCAACCUCAGAGAAAAUGAUUUGGCUGUUCACGCUUCUAUCUUUAGGAGCUGCAGCUAUGUUCUCAAUCCAGUUGUGUUGGUCACUAUUGACGUCCAGCCUCAUCAACUUGGAACUCCCACAAAAGCUUACUAUGCAGUGAAGGAAGCCUUCGUCCCUGUGUCUACAGAAAUUGCUCCUCCUGAAGUCGAGGAGAUCGGCCGGAGUAUCCUGGUGACUGAGAUGACUCCGGGUGGUGAUAAUGGCUUGGUUGAUAGUAUCGAAGCUUACUACCUGUGUCUCCAAAACAAGGUUAGUUUUAGCGUUUCAGGAUAUGACACUUCGCUUGAUGCUCUUGACCUUGUUAGCUGUUUGGAGAAGCACUUUCAGUCUUGUGGUUUCGUGGAGACCAUUCAGGUGCCGAGACACCCGGUCACUAAUGCAAUUACCGACAGAUGUACUACUGUGACUCUCAGCGGAGAAGGGGCAACAGAGAAGGCAUUGGCACUCAACGGAAGUGAUGUGGGAGGAUGGAUAGUUUCUGUCACCCUUUUACCACCUGAGAUUAGUGAGAUGGCUUCUGGGAUGAGUGCUCGUGAAUAUGCACUUCGUUACGUCGCCGGGACCCUGUCCAUGUAGCCGCUUCUCCCAGCUUCAUUCUCAGCUAGAGAUGUCAAAUGGGCGGGUUGGGCCUAUUUGGAUGUGUCUUUUUGCUGGACAGCACCCAAAUAAAACUAUGUCCAAAUAAGAUCAUACCCAAAAAAACCCAUGAUAAGUUGGGUUAUCUAUAGGAUCUAGACGUCCAUUUAGUAUAAAUAACUUAAUUUUUAUUGUAAAAGAUAGAAAUAUAUAUUAUAGAAUUAAAUUUUAUUAUUUUGCAAUUUGAAUUUUUA